CUCUCGCGCAUCAUCUCUCCUCUCCUCUCCUCUCAGCUCAGCGCUCACACAUUGAGGGAGGGAGCUGUAGGUAACGAAGCCACUACUCACAGGUUUUCCUUAAAGCGCGGGAAAAACACUGUCCCUAAAACAGUUCUGGGACAAAAUAAACCCGCUCUCCAGUCUAGCGUCCAGUGUUUUUGAGCACCUUUAAACCAGCGAAGUCCUCAGCCUGUUGGAUCAGCCGAAACAUGCUAACACCUGACGGCGCGAGGCUGAAGCUAACCUGCUGAUUUUAACACCACCGCAGAGACGUGGACUAGUUCAGACUGGAAUAAACACAUUUUAUAUGAUAUAUAAGUGAACUAAGUGGUGUGGGGAACUCUUGGUGAGUAGUUCUGUGCCCUGUGCUAGUCUGGAGUCUGGGAGGGGGCGGUGGUGGUGCUGGUUGUGAGGGCUGUGAGUCCCUGAGGAGCGGGCUGGCCGACAGAGGAGUUAAACACGGCACACUGGAUGAAGGUUUGAGAGGCUGUCGACCCCCCGCCACUUCCACCGGCCGGAGGGAACCGUACAUGGAGUUUUUAACCUGGACCCGCUAGGAUGGACGUGGUUGAUGAAACGGAAGCCUUACAGAGAUUUUUUGAAGGUCAUGAUAUCAACAGCUCUUUGGAGGCAGCAAACAUUGACACCAGUAUCCUGGAGGAGUACAUCAGCAAAGAGGACGACAGCACAGAUAUCUGUUUUUCAGAGGUCCACAGCAACCCAGGGCCCAACUACUCCUCCCCCCAGGCCGGAGCAUCCUCAUCUGGGGGGGUAGUGUGUGGUAUUAGCCCCCCCAUUGCCCAGCGCCAAGGCACUGCCCAGUCUCUGCCCCCACCUUGCCAGAACCCCUAUCCCCCUCCACCCCCACUCGGACUCCUCAGACACAACCACCCCUGCCUGGGGCAACAGCAGAGCCAGUCGCAUCAGCACCACCAACAGGUCCCACAGCAACACAUCAAACCAGAACACUGCGUUCAUUACGCACCCGGAACUUUGCCUGAGUCUCCACCAGACUCUAGCUCAGAGCCCUACUCCCCCCAGCAAGUGAAUGACCCACACAUGCUCAGGGCCAUGACGCCUGAGAACAUGUGUCAUAUGACCAGCCCACCACCCCUGCCCCCUCAUGGCCACUAUCCCAGCAUGCACCGGGACAUGUACCUGAAACCAGAGCCCAUGAUUUCACAGUACCCGAUUGGUCCAGCCAGCAGUGGAGGUGGAGACAUGCAACAGAGUCAGAUGCUACAUCAGCUAUUACAGCAUCCACAAGGACAAGAUGGUAUUCCUGUUCACCAAGCAAAGAAGAGGAAGCACUCAGAUUCUCCUAACAGCACUCUCAAUGCUCAGAUACUCAGCGGCAUCAUUAAACAAGAACCAGGUUUGAUGCAGGAUGCUGAAAACUCAUACUUGGACCCAAACUAUCAGUGCAUAAAAUGGCAGCCACACCAACAGAACAAAUGGACUCCACUAUGCGACGCCAGUGGCAAAGAACUUCCAAUGCCUACAUACAGGGUAGAUGCGGACAAGGGUUUUAAUUUCUCUUUGGCUGAUGAUGCAUUCGUGUGUCAGAAGAAGAACCACUUCCAGGUCACUGUAUACAUCGGCAUGCUUGGAGAUCCAAAAUACAUUAAGACCAAUGAAGGACUGCAACCAAUAGAAUGCUUCUACCUGAAACUCAAUGGAGUCAAGUUGGAAGCAAUGAACCAGACCAUUAAUGUGGAGCAGUCACAGUCUGACCGCAGCAAGAGACCAUUUAAACCUGUGCUGGUGACUCUGCCACCAGAACAGGUGACUAAGGUAACAGUGGGUCGACUUCACUUCAGUGAGACCACAGCCAAUAAUAUGAGGAAGAAGGGCAAGCCAAACCCUGACCAGAGGUACUUCAUGCUGGUGGUGGCUCUCCAGGCUCAGUCCCACAGUCAGAGUUACACGGUGGCGGCGCAGGUGUCUGAGAGGAUCAUCGUCAGGGUAACCGCUGCAUCUAACCCAGGUCAGUUUGAGAGCGAUAGCGAGGUGUUGUGGCAGAGGGGUCAGCUUCCGGACUCGGUCUACCACCACGGCCGAGUUGGCAUCAACACUGACCGACCUGAUGAGGCACUGGUGGUCCACGGCAACCUCAAAGUCAUGGGCUCUCUUGUACAUCCUUCGGACAUCCGUGCCAAAGAGAAUGUGAAAGAGGUGGACACCACAGAUAACCUGAAGCGAAUUUCUCAAAUGCGAUUGGUGCAUUACCAGUACAAGCCUGAGUUUGCUGCUACUGUGGGCAUUGAUAACACCGCAGAGACCGGAGUGAUAGCUCAAGAGGUUCAGAAGAUUCUUCCAGAAGCUGUGAAGGAGGGGGGCGACGUAGUGUGUGCCAAUGGAGAGACCAUCCCUAAUUUACUGGUAGUCAACAAGGAGCGUAUCUUUAUGGAAAAUGUGGGAGCCGUGAAAGAACUGUGUAAACUGACUGAUAAUCUGGAGACUCGUAUCGAUGAGCUUGAACGCUGGAGCCGCAAACUUGCUAAACUACGACGCCUUGACAGCAUGAAAAGCACAGUCAGCGGGGGCACAGUCAGCCAGUCAGGAAGUCAGUUUAGCAGAACAGGUAGUGGUCCACUUAAGAAGAAAUCUGUCAAAUCAGGAAGUAAGAGUGUGGUUCCAGAGCAGGGUUGCUUGAGUCACAAGUUCCUGCAGGGCACUAUUCUAGCCCUGGUCAUCAUCAUGGCCUUCAGUGUCAUCUCAAUGUCCAUACUCUAUGUGCUAAACAUGCAUCAGCAUGGAAACAUAGCUGAGGUUGAUGGGUCUCGCUCAGCACUGGGUUCAUCUCGUAAGGCUGUUUAUUCUUCUCCCAGAUAUCCUAUCACUACACUCUCUCCAGACACCACCUCUCCAACUUUGCCUAAUCAUCCAGCUUGCUGCCCUCCAACAACUGCCACAACCAACCAGUCGGCUACUGUCAGCUUGUUGCCAAGCACCAACCAAUCCACAUCAGAAAGUAGUCCCGGUCCCACCAUUACUACUAUAAUCAAGAAGGCAAAGUCUCGGGUUCUGGAUAAAGACAGCAGGAGCAGGAACAGGCUCAGUCACACAUCUGCCCCUCUCUUUCUUAACAAGGCCAAGAAACCCCCUCAGCCCCCUGACAUGGACACCGGAGGUGCCAGCAACCGCCUGCCUGGGGGUCAGCAACCUCUGCCUCGAAGGCAACGCAGCACAAAUACAGAGGGUGGAAAUUUCCAGCCAUCUCUAAAUGAACUUUACAUUCUCGAGACUAAUCAGGAAUUGAAGACAUUAAACUGUGCUUCAUCAGACAGUUGCAGCUACACAAUAUUUUUGCAGAGAAGUGAAAAUUCAUCCAUGUCCCACAUCACUCUGUACAUGAGGUCCUCCGAGGUCGUAUGGGUGUGGCGGUGUAGAGUCACUAGGGGGCGUUCAUGUGUAAACCACACAGAGACUGAAUUCUCUGAGGAGAAGAGUGCCUUAUCAAAGGGGACCACUCACAUGUGGUCAGUUCCAGUGACAUCAUUCCAAGAAGUCACCUACCAUUUCCGGGUGUCACUUUCUGGUGAGGUGGGCUGCUCUGAUGAACAGGAGAAGCAGGACACCAGGCAGUUUUCUGAUUACUUUUUCUUCGUUCAAAGCAGGUGUACUUGAGCAGAAGUGUCUAAAACACCAAAUGAACACAUUCUCAUUCUCCUACACACCUUUUGAACCUUUUUAAUGUUCACCCCUUUACAGCGUGCCUAAGGUUGUUUGCAAUUUUGUCAGACUGGACUUUGUCAGAAUGGUGAAUAACCUUUAUAGCUUAUUGUCUUCAGUGUGUGUGUGAGAGAGAGAUAAUAGGAGAAUGUGAUCAGAUUUUCAGUGACUGAACACAGCUUUUUACCUGUAGGAGGUAUCAGACCCCAUGAAAAAAUUGACUCACCCACCCAGUCCCUCCAAACGCACAUGCACAGUCUUUCCAUAUCCUUUGUUUUUCAUCUGUUCUCUAAAGCCACUAUAGGUACUAUAGGUAGGUGUGUGUGUGUGUGUGUGUGUGUGUGUGUGUGUGUGUGAGAGAGAGAGAGAGUGUAUUAGGCACUUAGGGACUGCAUUUCUCUGCUCUGCUCUUGCAAGUAUCUACUGACUCUACUUUUUUAUUAUUUACUGUAAAUGAGCUAAACUGACUGUGACUAGUGACACUAUUGCCUACACAGACCAUCUGCAGGUUACCCAUGAUAUAUAGUACUUUAAUGGAAAUAAGACAGUUUCACUGAAUAAAAUAAGUAAAAAUAUCAGGUAAUACGGUACUGUGCAAAAGUCAGAGACCACACAUCAUUUUCAGCAUCAGGAGAAAAACAAGAAACAUGUAUUUAUUAGAAAAUUGCACAGAAGCCUCAACAACUAAAUACAGUGUCAAGUAUUUAUGCAUUUAGUGCAUCCACCCUUUACCUUUAUUAUAGCUUGUUUGUUUUUUUUGUUUUUUUUCAGAAGACUUGCAUUGAGUUUUUAAAAGAAAUCUGCAGGGAUAGUUCU